ACAAAAAAUCUUAAAAUAUAUUAUAUAUUGGCUAAAUUAAAAAAAAAAGAAAAUAUUGCAGACUAAGGAGCGUGGGUAAGUUAAACUCGAAAUUUGAGUUAAGAAUAAGGAAAAUAUGUUGUUCAUACCUGCAGUAGCAUCCAUGUUGGUCUUUCAAACAGCAUAUGGCUUGCAAUGUUAUCAAGGUAUAAAAAGUUUAGGUGUAAACGAACCGUUCCAGCAAAUGUCAUGCAACAAUUCUGAUGUAUGUAUUCAUGCUAACAUCGUGAUGGGUACAUUGGAAAUGUUGACAGAAAAUCCAAUUAUUCAUGGCUGUACUUCUUCAAACAGAAAUUGCAGUGAAGCGUGUGCUGAGUAUAAGCAAAUGUUUAUGAAGCGAAUGGACCUUAUCCGUCUAGAUUGGCAUAAAUGCGAUGUGAAAUGUUGCACUGCAGAUUUGUGCAACUUCAAUAAAACAACAGCUGAAGCUUCUCUAUUUGAAUUUGUCAACAAAGCUGAGAAGUGUCACAAUGUUAACUUAAUUGUUAUGUUGUUAGUUAUGCUUAGUUCUUUGUUUUUAAAGGCAAAAUGAUUAUUACACAUUA